GGUUCAGUGUGGGAUUGUGGGUAGAGCAGUUCUUAUCCAGGAAAUCGUGAAUAAACGCGUUUUUGUCCAAAAUAAAUGAAAUAACGGUUGAUGAAGAGAGUUGUGGUUUCCAUAGGAACAGAUGGCACUGUUUCACAGGGUCGUAGUCAGGCUGCUUUCCAUGGUUACAGCACUGUGGCUCAAAAUCCCCUCCCUGUGUGAGCGCUGUGUGUACAGGAUCAACAGCACAAACCACAAAUAUAAAACAUACAAUGAAUUCAUGUUGUUGUUGAUUUAAAGAUGGCUUUUAUUCAGAGUUAUUAACAUAAACCAAAGCAGAGUGUAAACCCUGACUGUUUCCAGGCCAAAGCCACGACUGUGAGAGACGCGCUGGCCAAAUAGGAUCUAUCUUCUGAUUGGUUACGACGAACAUCAAUCAGCGGCUUAUUCCCUUCCUUGGUAACGGCCUCGGACCCGGAAGUAAACACGUUAGCCGCGAAAUGCCAACAGACUGACGGCAGAGAGAACAUCUGUCCAGCUGCUGCGAUGAAGAGGAGCGCAGACGUGCACGUGAAGCAGGUGAAGCACGUGAUUGCGGCUCUGUGCAGGCUGCUGACGGCCGCGGGGCUGGACCCCGUGCCCCCCCCGGACUCCUUCCGACGGGCCAAGUUUGGAGACGCGGUCCAGGAAGAUCCGUUUUGGCAGCUGCUCGCCGACAUCUUUCAGACCGCCAGCUUCGUUUCCUGUGACAGCUCUGAGCCGACAGCAGAGCGCAGGAAGCUCGUGGCCGCCGGCUUGUGGCAGAGCGGCUUUCACGCUGACUGGAUGUAUGAGGGAGAAGGAGGAGGCGCAGCCUCCAGCCGGGAACUCCUCCUGGCGCUCGGCUGGCUGCUCGCCACAGGAGCGCUGGAGAGUGUGGUGAUGAAGAGAGUGCAAAAGCUGGACAGGAUGCUGCUCACGUGCACACCUGUGCUGCCACACCUUCCUGCUGACCUCCAUGUAGACUCCGCCUCCCUGAGGAGACUCCAGUGGCUCAUUGGCUGCCUGAGACAUCAGAGACGGAUGCUGCUGUCGAUGCUGCGAGAGCAAACCCGAGCUCUGCACGCUGUUCUUUCUGCGAGCGUCACCCCGGCGCCGUCCUCUGAGCAGAGCUCGGCUGCGCUCGAGGAGGACUGCGUUUGUCUGCAGCAGCUGUGCAGCCUCCUGGAGGCGUACCUGAAGUGGAAGCAGGUGGAGGACGUCUUCUGGACUUGGAUGGACAGCGUUGUGGACCUGAAAGAUCCCAUCACCGGGAGGCCCAAACAUCUGACCAAUGAGAACCCCGGAGUGUGUUGUCAUGGAAACAGCAGGCUAGAGAAGCUGGAGGCGGUGCUGCUGGGACUGCCUGCAGCUCAGAGAGGACAGAGGAGACAAGGAGGAGAUGGUGAGGACAGAGAAGGAGGAGAGAGGACUCGGGGAGGGUUUGGCGUGUCCUUGUCCCUCCCUCCUGUUCUCUCCUCCUUCCCAUCCUUGCCCUCCCUCUCACAAGUCUGCCGAGCGAGGCCUCGGCUGGAGGAGCCGAGGAGGCGCCCGGCCAGAGGCCCCGGUGGGCAGGCGGAGCCUCCAAACGAGCUCCCGGCGUCCGAGGCGGUGGCGCUGCUUCUUCAUGCAGAGGCCGUGCUGAUGAAGAGGAGGGACGAGCAGAGGCUGACCAACAGGACGAAGCUGCAGGAGACGAUUGGCAGGCUGGAAGAGCUGGUGCUGAUUCCACCGUGAGCGUCAGUUUAAACUGGUGGAGCAGAAGCUGUGAGGACGUUAUCGUCUCUGCAGAGACUGAAACAGCUGCUGCACACGAGUCACUUCAUUUAAUAACUGACAAACACGUCAUAACUGGAUCUGUUGGUCCGAUACAUGAAAUGCUGUGAAGUCAAACUACAGGCGUCAAAAACAUCAUUUGCAUAUUUAUUCAUUCAUCAAAUUAAACACAAAGUUGUUUUCAGCAGAGCCAAAAGAGUCACUUUAAAGUUAAACAUUUUAGAAAUCAACCAGAUUCCAGCUUCUGUUUUCUGUCGUCGGGUAAAUUUCUGGGACUUUGGAGGCGACCGUGGAGACGCGUCACGAAUUCACCACCAGCAGUUUCUGCAUGUACGAGUUGAGCCACUUCUGCCUCUCCAUGGAGGUGAGCAGCUUGCUCUUCUCUCUGAAAGCCGCGUCGUCGGCCACCACCAGGUCCCUCUUCGCCAUCCCGGCUCCCGGAGACGACCAUUCUGCAGGCCACGCCCCCUCCACACUACAGACAGAAAACAACUGUUUAAAUGGGAGAUUCAAUUUUGAGUGUUUAAUUUAAUAAUAAUAACAAUAAUAAUAAUAAACCAGUUUUUAUUUUUCUA